ACCCCAUUUUUUUCCAUCUUCUUUGUUGCUUCGCUCCUUAUUGUCUCCAUUUCGAUCGAUUCCCAGGAAAUAAAUUAGAAAAGCGCCAAAAAAGAGAGAAGAAUUUACAGUCUUUGCAAUUAUUCCCCCUGUCUAUUUCUCGAGUUUUCAAUUUCACCGCACUCGGGAUCUCAACUCUUCUUGCAAGCAGGCCCUCUCCUUUUGUACAGGGAGGAAAAAGAAGGGGUGCUGCUUUGCAGAUCGGAUCCAAAUUUCAUGCACUGAGAGACCUAUUUUUCUAUAUUUAACGAUAUGGGUAUACUGUUUACAAAGAUGUUCUCUAAUCUGUUUGGAAACAGGGAGGCUCGGAUCCUUGUUCUCGGCCUUGACAAUGCUGGCAAAACCACCAUUCUCUAUCGACUCCAGAUGGGUGAAGUUGUCUCAACAAUUCCAACAAUUGGAUUUAAUGUCGAAACAGUGCAGUACAAUAACAUCAAAUUUCAAGUGUGGGAUUUAGGAGGACAGACAAGUAUCAGGCCAUAUUGGAGAUGCUACUUUCCAAAUACUCAGGCUAUAAUCUAUGUUGUUGAUUCAAGUGACACAGAUAGGCUGGUGAUAGCUAAAGAAGAAUUUCAUGCAAUCUUGGAGGAAGAGGAGCUGAGAGGAGCAGCAGUUCUUAUUUUUGCAAAUAAGCAGGAUCUUCCAGGUGCACUUGAUGACGCCGCAGUUACAGAGUCUUUGGAGUUACACAAGAUAAAAAACCGACAAUGGGCUAUUUUUAAAACUUCAGCAAUAAAAGGGGAAGGUCUUUUUGAAGGCUUGGAUUGGUUGAGUAAUACACUUAAAUCCGGAAGCGGCUAACUCUUAGCAUGAAGAAUUUGAAGCAUUGCUGCUAUGUGAUCCAGAUGGAGUGGGGAACGAGCAAUGGUGUUUUGCUUAGUAUUAUGAUCUGAUAGAAAUUUGAGCCAUGAGAAAAGUUGUGUCAAUUGACCUUCCUAAAUUUCUGCUUUUAUUAUUAUUUUUUUGGGGUAAACAUCUGGUAUACAUGUAAAAUUUUUGUUAAACAUUUAACCAUUUCCUUUUGUUUUAUGUUAGCCUCUCUUUUAGUUUUUCA